UAUUAGGCAUAUACUAGAGAACCAUCUGACCUACACUGGGACCGAGAGCAAGCAACGGCAACAUCAAAACACGCCGGCCCAACCUCCAACUACAUAUACAAACUUAAAAAACUGGCUUCGCGGGUUCCUCCCUGUACCUGUCUAUAUAUACAGACAUCAAUAUAUUCGAACCGUUCGCCAAAAUGGGCCUCUUCGAUUGGGAUGGCGAGUCCGUCUCCUCGCGCUCGCACCGGUCAUCCCGUAGCUACCCCGGCCACCAUCGCAAGGGCAGCGACUCUCGAAGCUCUUUCUUCAACCUCGGCAACAACAGCGUCCGGAGCGUCUUUAGUUCGGGAUCUCGCAACCUCCCAGGCCGCUCGGGUUCGUAUUAUAAGCGGCAGCCGCGGUCCUCCUUCCUCCAGCGCAUGCUCAAGAAGCUCAAGCGCCUGCUUCGCGACCUAGUCCACUACGCCAAGCGCCACCCCAUCAAGGUCUUCAUGCUCGUCAUCAUGCCCCUCGUCACCGGCGGCGCCCUGACCGCCCUCCUUGCCCGCUUCGGCAUGCGCCUGCCCCCCUUCAUCGAGCGCAUGCUCGGCGUCGCUGCUCGCGCCGGCUCCGGCGGCAGCGCUGGCCUCGUCGGCGAGGCCGUGCGCAUGGUCUCCCGAGGGGGCAGCGGCGGCGGUUCCGGCUACAGCGGCUACGGCAGCGAUGCUGCGUUCGUCGAGCGCGGCCGCAGCGGCAAUCUCCAGUGGGAGAGGAGGAGGGAGUACCACGGGAACAGCAGCGACGAAGCCGGCGGAGGCUUGCUCGACGGUAUAAAAAACUUUUUUUCCUAAAGCUGAGCAGAGCGAGUGACGAGGAGUGCCGGAGAUAGCCUCUCACGCCAGAAACCCUCUCUUUAUCUAAUGGCGAGGCGCUAUAAGCGGCUCGAUGGAGUGAAAGGAUGACUCGCACCGUAACGGCUGGGCGUCGCUGCGUGAGACUGGCUGGUCGGGUUGGAGACUUUCCGCUUUUGGAUGCGGACCUGGGAUACGAAUCUCUCUGUUCUUUAUUUCGUUUUCUCCUCAUUCUUUAUAUCGGAUGUACGGUUAUGACUGGGGGACGA